ACUGAGGGGGGAAAAGGAGCUCGCGCCUCUCCUUGCGAGGCAGCCAAGCGAGCGUGAAACUCCAUUUUGCUCCUUUUUUGAAACGUUUCUUUUUGUUUGUUGUUGUUGUUGUUGUUUUCUCCUCGACGCCCUCGGUAAGAUCACCUCCUUUCUCCUUGUACUUAAGUUAGUUGGUUAGCGAGUGAGCCCCCCCCCGCCUCCGCCUCCGCCACCGCCACCUCCGCGGCGGGCGGUGUUUACGGUGUGUGAUUUGUUGUCGCACGCGUUCUCGGUACACAAGCUCGCGUGCACGGGAUUUCGGUCGCCCACACACACACACACACCCACACACACACACAGACCAACACCAGCGAGUCGGUUGCCUCCGCGUGCGCCUGCUAGCUGCUCUGUGACGCGCUGUCCGUUCUGGGCAACAUGGAAAGGAAGUGAACUUGGCCACUUUGGGAACAAACUAAAGCCACUAGUGAAAGUUGAUAACGUCAGAACUACUGUGAGCUGGAUUCCGAUUGGGGGAAUGGGGUGCCAGUCCGUCCUGCACCAGUGAUCAGGAGAAAGACCUCUGCUCGCUCAGAUGCCAGCCAGCAGUAUUUUUCUCCGGCAGUGCAGCCUUAUCUGCGCUUGAGCCUGCCGCUCCAGCCAGGAGACUCCAGUGGUGACAUCCUGCGGAGCCAGAGAUCAAAGGCGAGGGGGCUGUUUUACCACGGCUGGAACUGAAGAUUGCUUUAAAUAAGCAAGUCCUUGUAGAAGGUUUUUAAGUCAUGAUGCAAGAAUCUGGGACGGAAGCGGCGAGCAACGGACCAGCCAGUCAAAAUGGAGGCUCAGGCAUGGAGGGCGGGUCCAGGGAGGGACGACCCAAGAGUGCCACGCCGUCAGUGGAGGUGACGGCAGCCGACCUCCUGCAUCUCCAGCAGCACCAGGCUCUACAAGUGGCGCGGCAGAUACUCCUCCAGCAGCAGCAGCAGCAGCAGCAGCAGCAGUCGCAUCAACUGCAGUCUCAACAAAACACUGGCCGCAAAUCCCCCAAAGCCAACGACAAGCAGCAAAGCCUUCAGGUCCCAGUGUCAGUGGCUAUGAUGACACCUCAAGUGAUAACUCCACAGCAGAUGCAGCAGAUCCUUCAGCAGCAAGUCCUGAGCCCUCAGCAGCUCCAGGUUCUUCUCCAGCAGCAGCAGGCCCUCAUGUUACAGCAGCAGCAACUCCAAGAGUUCUACAAGAAGCAGCAGGAACAGCUCCACCUCCAGCUCCUACAGCAGCAGCAGCAGCACCAUGCGGGCAGCAAGCAGAGUAAAGAGCAGCAGGUCUCAGCGCAGCAGUUGGCCUUCCAGCAGCAGCUCCUGCAGGUCCAGCAGGUCCAGCAGCAGCAUCUACUCAACCUUCAGAGACAAGGGCUGCUCACCAUCCAGCCUGGACAGACCGGCCUGCCGCUGCACUCCCUCGCUCAGGGCAUGAUUCCAGCGGAGCUGCAGCAACUGUGGAAGGAGGUGACAAACGCCCAUGUGAAGGAGGAGCACAACAACAGCAGCAACAACGGCCACCGGGGCCUUGACCUGUCCUCCCCGGCACUGCCAAAGAACCUACUUCUCAACCAGCACGUCUCCACCAACGGGCAAUACAUGAGUCACAAGAGAGAAGGAUCCACGCUAGAAGAGCAUUCCCCUCACAGUCACCCCCUCUACGGCCAUGGUGUUUGCAAGUGGCCUGGAUGCGAGGCUGUGUUUGACGAUUUCCAUUCAUUCCUCAAGCAUCUUAACAAUGAGCAUGCCCUGGAUGACAGGAGCACGGCCCAGUGUCGGGUGCAAAUGCAGGUCGUACAACAGCUGGAGCUGCAGCUAUCGAAAGACAAAGAGCGUCUGCAAGCCAUGAUGACGCACCUUCAUGUCAAGUCCACGGAGCCCAAAGCCACCCCACAGCCGCUCAACCUGGUGUCCAACAUCACACUGUCCAAGUCGGCCCCUGCGGCCUCUCCUCCUCUGAGCCUGCCCCAGACCCCGACCACGCCCACGACACCCCUCACCCCCCUAUCCCAGACGCACUCCGUCAUCACAGCCAACAGCCUGCACAGCGUGGGCCCCAUGCGACGGCGCUACUCGGAAAAGUACAACAUGCCCAUCUCUCCAGAUCUCAGUCAGAACAAAGAGUUUUACAUGAACGCAGAUGUUAGACCGCCGUUCACGUACGCCUCGCUAAUAAGACAGGCAAUCCUCGAAUCUCCAGAAAAGCAGCUAACACUAAACGAAAUCUACAACUGGUUCACACGAAUGUUUGCAUAUUUUAGACGCAACGCGGCGACGUGGAAGAACGCAGUCCGGCAUAAUCUUAGUCUUCACAAGUGUUUUGUGCGAGUAGAAAACGUAAAAGGGGCUGUGUGGACAGUCGACGAACUAGAGUUCCAAAAGAGACGGCCUCAAAAGAUCAGUGGAAGUCCAGCCUUAGUGAAGAACAUUCAGACCAGCUUGGGCUAUGGUCCGACCCUCUCUGCUGCCUUCCAGGCUUCAAUGGCAGAAAACAACAUACCUCUAUACACUACUGCUUCCAUUGGAAGUCCUACCCUCAACUCCCUGGCCAACGCCAUCCGUGAGGAGAUGAAUGGAGCGAUGGACCAUGGAAACAGCAACGGCAGUGACAGCAGCCCAGGACGCUCGCCCCUGCUAGCUAUGCAUCACAUCAGCAUUAAGGAGGAACCACUGGACCCCGACGACCACGAAGGGCCCCUCUCCCUGGUAACGACUGCCAAUCACAGUCCGGAUUUCGAUCACCACAGAGAUUACGACGACGACCAGGGCCACGACGACAUGCUGUAAGGCCGGCGCCGCCCCCCUCCCCAGCCUCAGAGGCCGAAGCAGUCGGGGGUCAUCUGGGAGACGGAAAGGCUCCGCAGAUAACAAACACUGAACUGCAGUCUCAGCCACUGAUGACAGCUCUCAAUUGUCUCCACGUCAACUUUUUAGUGCCAUUACAAUACAUAGCAAACACACACACACACACACACACACACACACACACACACAGACACACACACAGAGAGAGAACAUGGCCCACACGCGGCGUCUUCUUUUUCUGAUUCCUUUCUACUCUUGAUUUUAAGUAAAGCUUAAAAAAAGUGAAACCUUCAUUUCUACUCAUGUGUCGGAUGGACUUGUUUGGUACGGGGGGUCCACAUGUUUGCGGUCAGACUCUGGGAGACCCUCGCCGUGCAGCCGGGACGUACUGCACUCCGCGGACUGCAAGAGGGGCUGUGUCUCUCCCCCACCCUCCUCCCCAAUCUCUCUCUUUCUUUCCCUCUCCCUCCUUCCUUCUGUCAGACACACACAUCUCACCACAAACCGAGGAGAGAGAGAGAGAGACAAUGACUGACGUUUAAUUUACACCGUGUGCGUGCGUGCGCCCGCGCGUGUGUGUGAGGGAGAGCGAGUGCGGACCUCUGCUCAUUGUUACUGCCUUCAACACUUCUCAUUGGUUUGAUUCCAUCUUGGGCGGGAAGGGAUGUUGUUUUUAUUCGGGUGUAUUUUGUGUCGGGGGGUGAGACGUUAUAAAAUAUCAAACAUAAUGUGUUUUUUUUUCCUUCCAUCAUUCUAUGCUGUUAUUGAUGUCGCAUCUUUGUUUUUUUUUGUUGUUUUUCUUUGAACUGAUCAGACCUCAUGCCCAUGCUGUGGAGAUUCUGUGUGGUCAGCACUUGAUGAUGAAUGUUUAUGAUUUCCUUUCAUGUUGUUCUUCAAACACAGAAGCAGAAUGUCAGAUACCAAGCAGUAUUUUUCUGUCAUUUAUUCCAAAAUCAUCAUCGGGGAAAAAAAAGAAAGAAAAAAGUCGCCACUCUGACAUGUAGCCCGCCCCUCGACCCCUCCUCUUCCUCGUCCUCCUCCUCUUUCUCAUGAAGUCCAUUGGCAAUGCACUACUCAUAAUGAAGGCUCUCUCCACGCAUCAAUGAAGCUUAAUUUAAGAUGCGAAUGAAUGACAGAGAAAUCAUGCAGGUUAUGGUUUAUCCUCAUGAAAUUAUACUUUAAAACAGCCCUUGCGACAGAGCUUAGCCGCAACACAAUUUCUGAUCACUCCGGUUUUAUUUUUUGGGGGAAAUGAAAAUGUCAGGUGUGCACUGGCGAGAUAAUGAUUUCGACCAACUAAUUGAGAUUUCUGAACGCAACUGCCAUUGUUCAUCAAACUAUGUCUGCUUUUCCACUCUGUGAUUCCGUUCAGAGCUCGCGGAUAAAACGUGCAUUCCCCCCGUAGUUUUAUUUGUAUCACGCGCAUGACUCGUUCUUCUAAGUUUUUCCGGCGAUUGUUAAUAAUUGCACACCAGGUGAGAUGCUCCUUUCUCUUUCUUCAAGGGAGCCAAGUCCCAAGACUCGCAAUAAGACCGAAACAUUGCACAUUCCAGCAUUUGACAGCCAUGGUGAAUGGGCCCAGACGUACAGUACAGUACAUGCCAUGUACAGUGGGGGAUGUGGAUGCCUCGAUGUUCAGUGUCGCCCAACAAGCCAAUGAGCUGCAGUCCACAACAUUGAACUGGGUGAAAUCCACGUGGUUUUGUGAUGCAGCAACAAAACAAAAAGUCCAGCCGUCAUCAGAGAUAAACAUUUUAAAGAGACCAUGAAUUUCAAGACUGCAAUCAACCACUUUUAAUUUUUUCUUUUUAUUUAUUAUUAGUAUUAGUAUUAUUAUUAUUUUAUGUUUUUCUUUGGCUUUUUUUUUUUUUCUUUGUUGUUUUUCCAUGUGUUUUAAUAUCUUGUUCUGUGACUACCAAAGAUAAACUACAGAGUCAAUGUUGUGUGUUCCAUGCAAUAGCGGAUAAGGCCAAAUAUCUCUCCUCCAUUCUCUCCCACCGGACGAUCCCAGCUGCUGGGGUCGGGCCGGCGGCAGACUGAAUCGAGGGGAAAUGCUCCUCAAACUGGUGUUUUCAUUCACUUUUAUUCAAAAAGAAGAAGAACCAAAAGGGGGGGGGGGGGUGUCGGACAGCUGCGGUAAUGUUGUGCAGCGACCAAAUCUGAACGAGAGGCGACGACAGUCUCGACUAAACGAUGACCAAAUUAGGGAAACUUUUUUAUAAUUUUUUUGUCUUUGGGCCAGUGAGUGGAAAAGGGAGCUUUUUGGUCAGGAACAGAUUUGUGCGCAACAUAAAGGGUUUGUACUGUAGAUAACGCUGAUGACAAAAGAAAUAUACUGGUAAAUGGGAAAAGCUUUGCAGAGAACAAUGUGAAAUGGAUUCUAUACGUCGACUGGACCACACAAUGAUUUGUUGUUUCUCUUCUUUUACUUCCUUACACAUUUGUAUCCUUUGAAAUGAUUGUAUGCCACUUUUUUUUAGGGGUUUUAGUGUCUUUAUGAGGGAAGACUUUAUGAUUGUGUUUAGUUUCUGUCAACUCAUUACUUUUUAUAUUAAAAAACACUCCUGUCAACUAAUAAGCUGGGUACAAGGUACUUUAUGGCAGUUAUUGUUAUUGUUUUAUUUUAUUUUUUGAAGUACACCGCUCAUUAACUAUAAAAGGAGAAGGCCAAUCUGUGGUUUCCAGAAGAUGUAUUUAAUACCCAGGCAGCUGUGGGAUGGGUCAGUCGCAGACAGGCGAGGAUCGUGAGAACAGGGACGAGCUCGUCCACAAACCCCCGGUCGCCUCGGCUGGUUUGUUUGGUAUUCGGAGAGGAGGAAGAAGCGCUGGUAGAUUAGAACAUUCUCAGCAUGUGUAGCCUGACAUUACUAAAGAUAACAGCAUGAGAAAAACCGUUAGGACGCAUACCUCAUCUCAAACCUAUAGGGAAUGAUUCAAUUAAACCAGAGGAAAAUUUAAAAAAUAGAAAAUAAACAUUUCACUCAGUUGCCCUUAGUCGUGUGUCCUGCAUGUGUAGUCUGAUACUGUAGAGAGGGAAAAGUAUUUUAAAAAAAGGAGAGAAAAAAAUGAAAUUAGAGCUUGUUUAUCUCAAAGGUAUCGUCCUUUUUUUUUUCUUUUUUCUUUUUUUUUGCCAAACCAAUCCAAACCUCAGGCCUUUCUGUUUGUGGAAGUAUCACCCAGCUGUGUGGCACCAUCCAUCCCGUCAGUCUGUCCUCUGACGGGUCGUUUUAAGGGCGUUCCAAUAUUAGGUUGUACAUACUGUACAUGUCAGCGUAGCCUUUGUCCCCUCCCGUCCUUUCCUCCCUCUCUCUCUCUCUCUCUCUCUCUCUGUCUCUGGCGCUUUUCUUUUGUUUAAGAUCAAAAAAUACAUUUGUGUUAUGAUGUUUGCUUCAUCGCCACUGCUUUGUAUUAACUAUGGAAUAGCUAUGAGAAAAAAAAACUGCUGUAUGUAUUGGAAUAGCAAACUGUGCUGCAAAUGUAUUUUACUUAGUAAUAUUUGCUUUAAAAGGAAGAUAAAAAAAAGAAAAGAAGAAAAAGACCAAAAAAAAAAAAUCACCUCAUCCUCACAGACGUCUGGGUGAGCUGGGCAGGGGGCAGGCUGGGGGGGAUUAAUCCCCCAUUUUGGAUUUUAAACUGUAAUAUAGAAAACAGACUUUUUCUCUGUUAUCAUUAGCCUAAGCAUUUUGUACAGGUUUUUUCUUUCCCUCUUUGUGUUAAGCUGUUUUUUGAUACUUCCUUUUGAUGGUCCAACCACUGCCUUCUGUGGCUGUAUGUUCAAGAUUACUGCUCCGAGAAAAAGGGCACACAGGUAUAUUUCUUCUACAAGACUGCGAUAUCUUGCAUGACUAAUCCCAGGGUCACAGAGAUUGGGGGGGGGGGGGUAGGUGGUGGUGGGAUGGGGGCAGGGUAUGGUGUAAGUGGUCAGUAAUAAUAUAAGGGUGUAUCAAUCUAAUGAUAUUUUAUAUGAAAUUAAUAGGAAACAGAAGAAAAAUAUGCAGUGCCAAGAUGUAAAGAAUAUUGUUGAAUGCUUUUGUUUUUCUUCGUCGUUUGAGAAAUGUCAUUUCGCCCCUUGCGUCAGCGGCGUGUGUCCUCCUCAUCCUCCGUCUUCUCAUCCAGGUAAAAGACACGUUUUUGUUUGGCAUCGAGAUAUUUUUAUUUUACGAUUUUUUUUUUUGUCUCGAGGAAUUUUGUUCAGCGAGUCGAACCAAGCACAGCGGGCGGGUCCGAGGUGGAGAGUCAAGAGUGUAGCGUCCCGCAAACCUGCGGCCUCGUGGCGUCAGAUGCCCCCUGACCUCACACACACACACUGGCACCCGGGCUACAACGCCAUCGUUUUCAACCAUCACCAACCAUCCAGCCUGCUGUCAUUCCGUCCCCGUCCCCCCCACCGCCUCUUUCUCCCUCUCUCACAUCACACUCUGUUUUUUUUCCACAUGGAGGGGGGAGGGAGGGAGAGAAGAAGUGGAGGGGGGGAGGAGCUGUCACGGUGCUCUCAGCUUGUCUCGCUUUCUCUGUCUUCCUUUUCUUUUCUUUCUUUGAAGAUGUACUCUGUAGUUUUCUUUUUUUCCUGUUCUUUUUUUUCUUUUUUUUAUAGAGACAUAUUAUUGCCCAUCAUUUCCAUCAGUGUGUAACCUCCUCAUCAUUCCUCGUCUGUCUGAUGCAGACCACUCUGUUGUAGUCAGUGGCGAUGACUGACGUGAGCAUUCUAAACAUGCAAUAAAUUGCUGGUUGUUCA